AUGCCAACAGCUGAAGAGAAAAAGAAACUUCGUAUAAAGCGCAAAGCUGUUCAAACACGCGUCAUUCCGAGGAAUGUAAGGGCAAAGAAAGGAGGUGCUACUAUUCCUGAAGGUCAAAGCGGCAAAAGUGAAAAGCACGUGACAACUUCAAAGGGUCCUGAAGCUGAAAAAGAUCAAAAUGUUGAAGUUCCUAAAGUUCCAGAAGUUCAAACACAAAGUAUUCCUGAAGUUGAGGUUCAGAAGAAAGGAGGUGCUGAAGUAAGAGUUUCUACACCAUCACCACCACCAAAAAAUCCUGAGGUUGCAGAGUCUUCAAAGCCAAAGAAAACCGUUCUUCCUGAUCUAUUUGAAGGUUUUCCCAACAUUCAAGAGAAAGAGAAAGCUGAAGCUGAACAUGACGAAUUGAAAAAGCAACUUGAGGAGCUUUCUAAAAGAUUUUCUGAUCUGCAUGUGAAGAACAAGAAACUGAAUGAGAUAAAUCAGACGCUAAAUCAAUUGCUAAGUGAACUUCAUGAAGCGUCGACAAAUGAAUUUAAAGCGAUGAAGCUAGAGAUGGAAGCAGUAAGGGCUGAUAAAACAGUGAAGGAUGAGCAACUUAAUAUGUUAUAUACUGUGAUUGAACAACAUCUGGGUAUCAACGUUCAAUCUAUCUACAACAAUUUGGAGAUUCAAAGGGUUGAAGAGCAAAGGGCUCAGAGAGAGAAAGACUUAGCUGAAGAUGCAACAAAGAAGAAGAAAGAAUUAAUUGUCGAAACUCAAGAAGCUGGAGGUUCUUCGAGUCAAGCUGAUGUUGAAAUGGUAGAUGCUGAAGUGGAUCCUAAAGGGUUUGUGCUUGUUGGUGAUUCUACUCCUCUAUCUUACAACUUUGAUGAUAUCAUUCGUCUUGUAAAAGUGGAACAACGAAAAAGAAAGGUGAAAGAACCUAAAGUGUUAUUACUAAGAUGGAAAGAAGAAGAGAAAGUAGUAGAAGAGGAAGAAGAAGUAGAUGAAGAGUUAGAAGAUAUGCUUGAUGCAGUUGAUAAUUAUGAUCCUUCAUGGGAUGAUUUCAUAGACAAGGAAGAUGAUGAUGAUCAAGGGUCAACAGGGUUAUUGAUUGUGAAUCCCUCUGUUCAACAAAAGAUAGAUGAUUUUCUGAAUGACGAGAUCAACGAACAAGAGGAGGAUCAACACCAGGAGUCUUCGUCUUCUGGAAAACAACAUGCAGACCAGGUAUUCCUCACACAACCAACUGUUAUAUUUUUAAAUGCUCCAUUUAAGGGGGAGUUGGAGGUACCGAGGUCUAGGGCUGAAAUGUUAGAAGAGUUGGGUUUAGGCGACGGGAAGUUCAAGUUUGAUAUUGAAGAUGAAAUUCUUUCGUCACCUGAAAAGGAAUAUGAGUUUAAGUAUGCUCAUGAAGCUGAUAAUUACAAUGAUGUAAUAGUUGAAGAUGGUUCGGAUAGUUCUGAAGACGAUACGGUAUUUCAUUAUUCUGGAGUUGAUGAAACUUUUCCCACUCUUGCUGAAAUGUUCAAGGAACAGAAUGAAGAAGAGAUCAGAAGGAAAAUUGUGGAAAAGAUCACUACUGAAGGCAUUCCACAAACUGUUCCACGAGAAACUUUGGCAAAAGAAAGAAAGAAAUGGUUCAAGAUGAUGCCCAAGGAAAGGAAAUAUAGAAGACUUCUUCAGUACUUCACGUAG